AUAGUGAGAGAUGCUGAGCACCAAUACAGCAGUCAGGGCGGCGUUGUUUGUUCGCUCUGCAAGCGAGUGUACAACUUGAAAAAUGCUCUGGUCACCAACGUUGUGUUUGUAUAUCUUCUGCAUGCGAGGCGCCGCGAUGCCGGUUGAGGCAGUCAGGUCCCACGGUAUGCGCUUCGUGCGGUGGUGGUUAUGCAGCCGUCCUCGCUGUGGCCUUCAUCCUCGCCGUGCUGCUGCCCAACGUCUUAUACGACCUCCAACUCUGUACCACUCUUCAAUUCCGGCGUCCCUUCCUGUCUUCCGCGACAGAAAUCUCCUAGCAAACGACAUACCUGGUUGAUCUGAGUCCUCGGGUCGCUUCGGCUGCACAGAACGUGGGGGCGUUGCCUAGCAUUGAGUGUUUCUCAAGUCUGCGCGUGUUACCCAAGUGUAAGGAGUGCGUAAAGGCGUACGUUCUGGUCUCCGCCUCUAUUUCCGGCAGUGCGGAAGCACUAUGAUUCAUCUCGAUCGGAAUCAUUCGACUGCUAUCGCCCCUCAUUCGAAACCCAAUCUGAUUCACGACACAUCCUCUCGUCCUGAUCAGCACAACGCCCUAUUUCGGUCUUCUCCCGGCCGCAAUGACAUUACCAUAUAUCCCGAAGUCUCCCUUUCCAACCACGCCGAGCUUUCCUCGUCACCCCACCCUCCCUCGUUGCCGCCCGUUUCUUCGGAAGAAAAACUGAACGGCGCUGUGGCUGGGAUCUCGCAGAAUAGUCCUACAGAACCCAGGUCCCCUGCCCUUGACAGCAACUCAUCACUAACCCCUCCCCCAGACACAAUCUCCCCAACAUCACCGACAAGACCUUUGCACCCUUUUGAGGCCUCACCUGCCAAAGCUGGCGGUGACCUGCCGCCAGAAAGCACUCCCGGGAGCGCAGCAGAUGGGUUAGACCGCGCAUCUCGUGCUUCCACACCGCUUAGUGAGCUCUCGUCAGCACCUGACGUCGAGACUUCACCUGCACGGCACGACAAAAGCGAAACCCAUGGGAGUGUGAACGGAGGAAAGAGCGAUUCUGAUUCUGUAGCAGCCCAUGAUCCCAAUACUGGACGCUCAUCCGCUGAAGGCACGCAAACCGCAUUGGCGAAAGAAGAGCCCGAUAAGAAUUCUGAAAGUUACCUCGCCCCUUCCCAGGCGUCUAGCUCCUCUGACCCAACGGGCCAGCCUGAUAGAACAAAUCCAGGUCCCGCGCAGUCUACGAACAAUCAGCCAAUUACGGCCUCUGGAAGCAACCCAGCGACGCAGCCGGACCCUCCCAAGCUCAAAUCUGAAGUUUCGAAUGGAUCUAUUCCUGAGGUGAACAAUCCGUCGAAUGACUCUUCAUCAGACCCCAAGGUUCUUGUCAUCCUUGAAAUGAAUUCGUAUCUACUCAAGGUAUUCCUGGCCUACCAGGCUCGGAAUAUUCCAUUAACAGACCCCCGGGUUCAACAAUAUACCACCCGGCUUCAGUCAAACCUUCACUGGCUUGCGUCUGCUGCUGACGAGAACCGGAAAACUGCGCUUGGUAUGAUUCCGCUUCCAAUCAUGCAUCCACCCCCACCUGUGGAGUUCAUUCCCAUGGAGAGGCUUCUACAACUGUAUGCUGAACUUCCGAAGAUAUUCCACAAAGACGUUGCGCGACGGCGAGAAGGUCAAGGCAUGCACGCGAACGGAAGUGUCAAGCGAGACCGCCCGGACGACGCUUCUCAAGACCAUGCGCCAAAACGACAAAACACUGGCGACGCAAAAAUCUCAACGCCCACGCCCACACCGUCCAUGUCACCAGGUGGUUCAAUGAUUGGGCAUCGAAGUGCAAGUCAACCUCCUCAGUCACCCCAUCCAGGUCGAGGUACUCCACCUCGUCCCAUGCAUGGUUCUAGUAGUCCUUCGAUGCCCCCACCUCCGGUACCCCCAGGAGCCAUGGCGACUCUUACUGAUCCACGUUCCCGUAGUCAAAAUCUUUCGGGUCCAACUGGGAUGUCCCAUAUGUCGCCACCUGGGGAUGGUGUGCGACACAUGUCUCCUGCUGUUCCACACACCCCUGUUAUGCCAACCGCAGGACCAUCUUCUGGGCCAUCGCAAGCCACCAUAGCCGCUGUUCAGCAAAUGGGUGCUGCUGCUAUGCAGAGUUUCCAGAUUAUGCAGAAUCCCGGCCAUCCUGUUAUGCAGUAUAUCAAUCAGAACAUACCCAAUUUCAGUUCGUUUCCACUACAGCAGCAGCUGCAGAGAGUUCAGGUGACUUAUUCCGCGUUGCGGAAUCAACAGAUGCAACAACAGAUGCAACAGCAAAGGAUGGCUGGCAUGCAUUCGCCGGCCGGUAGUGGGAUGGCAGGCUUCGGUGGAAACCCUGGUGCUGGGGUAUCCUCGGGCAGUCCUGCUCGAGCUUCGCCUGUGUCACAACAGUCGCCCAUGGGUUCACAGUCGGGGGCGGGCCUUUACUCUCAUCCGAACCAAGGGAUGGGGACAAGCUUCGACCCUCGUGCCGUGUACGCCGCACUUACACCGCAACAGCAGGCCCAGUUGCAAAACAUGCCUCCGCCCCAACGGCAAAUGUAUCUCAUGCAACAGCAGCAGCAGCAGCUGAUGCGAGGAGCGAACCCCUCCCAAGCGAAUAACCCGAUGAUGUCUGGUCAGUCGCGUAUGGGGCAAGCAGGUCCAUCGGGACAGGGUGGGUUGUCCAUGGGAAUUAAUCCAAUGGAUACAAAUGCCAUUCCAGCCCUUCGCUCGAAUCCGGCGAUGCCGGGGAUUGCGCGGAGUACUCGAACACCCUCGGAUCAUGCACCGUCUCCACUGACACCUGGACAAAGAGCAGAGGAUUAUCAGCGUGCAAUGCUGGCACAACAGCAGCAGCAGCAGGCCCAACGUGGUAUGUCCAAUUCGAUGGCAAACACUGGCGUUUCGCAGCUCGGCGGAAUGUCAAAUGCUCCUUGGCAGCAAAUGGGUUCACAGUUAAAUCCACAGAUAUCUUCUAGUCAAGACACAUAUGGCAUGUCGCCGCCUGGUAGCGUCGGUCAGGGUGCGUUCGGUGGAGGGAUGAAUCCUGCUCUGAUGAAUCAGAGUUGGAACCAGAUGAAUGGAGGUGGUCAGUUCGGUGGACGCGUGGGCUCUCCCGCGAGUCGACAGGCCUCUGGUACGCCGAAUCCUCCGCAGAUGACCGCCAGUAGCCCUUCCCUUCCACAUGGGAUGAAUGACUUUGACAUAUUCCAAUGGCCACAAUGAUCAUGGCACGUUGCUUUCAUCAGGAAGCGUGCUGGCUGUCGCAUAUCCCUAAUAAAUCGCCGCGUUUCUAAUUUUUAUUUCGUGUAGUCACUCUUACUGUAAUAUUGUAUGUGCUCUACUCUAUCGGGUUGUGUUUGUAUACCUGACUGUUGCAUACCUGCUCAUGGAUUUCAAUUCCUUCUGGCGCUUGUC